CGUCAUCUCACUGAGAAUGUUGAGUUAAAUUGUCAAAUCAGUGGAAUUUUGUUUAUUUGUAACUGCUUCUACACCAAUGUUUCAUCAAUUUUUUAUUAUUUGAAUUGAGAAAAUUUUGUUAUGGAUAUUAAACUUUUCUCUUAUUGGUUCAUUUUGUGUUAUAAUAUAUGUUUCGUUUUUGGUGAUUAUUUCUCUGAAGAUGAAUGUAAUAUUGCAUUAUUGGACAGAGCUGUGGUCGGAGCUACCUCUUAUAUGCCAGAAAGAGGUCCUGAAAAUAUAAACAUCUAUGGUAGAUCUGCUUGGUCGCCUACCGAAAACACCAUGUAUAAUUUUCUCACCUGGGACCUGGGAGGUCGGUUUGAAAUAACUUCCAUUGAAACAAAGGGCCUUGCUGGAAGUGGUGAAUUUGUAACGGAAUAUAUGGUUCAAUAUUCGGACGAUGGUGAAGGAUGGAGGAUAUUUACAGAUGCCCAAGGGAAUGCUGAGGUGUUCAGAGGUAACACUGAUGAUGAUUCUAUCAACCAAAACAGUUUCGAAAUACCCAUAAUAGCCCAAUGGGUAAGAAUAAAUCCAAUUAGGUGGAGAAAUAGAAUUUCUAUGAGAGUAGAACUGUUUGGUUGUGAAUAUGAUGCGGAUGAUAUGUAUUUCAAUGGAACUGCUUUAUUGAUGCUCAAUCUGCUUAGGGAUCCGAUUUCAGCUUCAAGAGAAAAUAUAAGAUUCAGGUUCAAAACUUCAGCAGCGAAUGGUAUAAUUUUGUACAGUAGAGGAACUCAGGGAGAUUAUAUUGCCUUACAAAUGAGAGAUAAUCAAUUGCUUUUGAAUAUUGAUUUAGGGUCUGGUCAAGUUACAAGUCUGAGUAUUGGAAGUUUGCUAGAUGAUAAUAUUUGGCAUGAUGUAGUAGUUUCUAGAAAUCGGAGAGACAUAUUGCUUUCAGUUGAUCGUGUGUUUGUUCAAGAUAAAAUAAAAGGAGAAUUCAAUAGACUGAAUUUGAAUAGAGAGUUUUAUAUUGGUGGAGUUCCAAAUAUUCAAGAAGGUUUAGUCGUAGUACAAAAUUUCACUGGGUGCCUAGAAAAUCUUUACCUCAAUUCAACGAAUUUAUUCAAAGAUGUGAAACAAGCGUUUCAAUAUGGUGAAGCUUUCCGAUAUGAGAAAGUCAAUACUUUGUAUUCUUGUCCAGAACCUCCAAUAGUUCCAGUUACUUUUCUGACGCAACGCUCUUUUGCAAAACUAACAGGUUACGAAGGAAUGAAAUCUCUGAACGUUUCUUUUGCCUUCAGAACUUACGAAAGAACUGGUUUGAUGUUGUAUCACAGUUUUUCUUCUACUGGUUAUGUUGCUAUAUUCCUUGAAGAUGGCAAACUGAAAGUUGAAUUAAUAACACGAGAAAGUCCUAGAGUUAUUUUUGAUAAUUAUGAAGAAACAUAUAAUGAUGGCAAAUGGCAUACCCUUGUUUUAACAAUAACCACAAAUUCUUUGGUGUUGAAUUUGGAUAAUCGACCCAUGAGAACAACUCGUUUGUUGUCAAUCCAAACAGGAUCCCUGUAUUUCAUUGGUGGAGGAAUUACAGCAACGAUUGGAGCAUCAGGUAGACAUAUGGCUGGAUUUGUUGGAUGUAUGAGAACCAUAGGAAUUGAUGGUAGCUAUAAACUACCAACAGACUGGAAGAAUGACGAGUUUUGCUGCGAGGGUGAAAUAGCCUUUGACGCCUGUCGCAUGAUCGAUCGUUGUAGUCCCAAUCCAUGUCAGCAUGGUGGAAUUUGUAAACAGAGUGAAUUUGAGUUCUUCUGUGACUGUCAAGGUACAGGAUACGGUGGUGCUGUUUGCCAUACUUCGAUCAACGCCUUAUCUUGCGAGGCCCACAAGAAAAUGCAAGCGGUUAAUCAGAGAGCUGAUAUUAAAAUCGACGUUGAUGGAAGUGGACCUUUGGCACCAUUCCCUGUUACUUGCGAAUUCUAUCCAAAUGGUCGCGUUGCUACAGUUCUACGUCAUAAUAAUCAUGAAACGACGCCUGUGGAUGGUUUUCAAGAACCUGGAAGUUUUGUUCAAGAUAUACACUAUGAGGCUAAUGACGAUCAAAUAAAUGCUUUAGUUAACCGUUCCACAAGUUGUCGUCAACACAUUCAAUAUGCUUGCAAAGGUGCCAGGCUCUUCAAUUCGCCUUCAGAUGAGAUGAACUUCAACCCAUAUUCAUGGUGGGUCUCUAGACAUAACCAAAAUAUGGACUACUGGGGAGGAUCCUUGCCAAAUUCCAGAAAAUGCGAAUGUGGAAUUUUAGGCAGUUGUGUUGAUAAAACUAAAUGGUGCAACUGUGAUGCAGGUCUUGAUACUUGGCAGGUAGAUGCAGGCGACAUUGUUGAUAAAGAGAAUCUUCCAGUCAAACAACUAAGGUUUGGAGACACAGGAAACGCCUUGGAUGAAAAAGAAGGUCGAUAUACACUAGGUCCCCUGAUUUGUGAAGGCGAUGAUCUUUUCAACAAUGUUGUAACAUUUAGGGUAGAUGAAGCAACAAUAAAUCUUCCUACCUUCGACAUGGGACACGGUGGAGAUAUAUAUUUCGAAUUUAGAACCUCUUCAGAGAAUGCUGUUCUCUUUCAUUCAAGGGGACCGCAUGAUUAUAUUAAACUAAGUAUUGUCAGUGGAAAUCGUCUCCAGUUCCAAUACCAAGCAGGUUCUGGUCCAGUUGCUGUUGUUAGAGAAACAUCUUACAAACUCUCCAACAAUGAAUGGCAUUCAGUAUUAGUAGAAAGGAACAGAAAGGAGUCUAUGUUGGUUGUAGAUGGAGCACUUAAAGCUGAGGUUAGAGAGCCUCCUGGUCCAUUCAGAGCUUUACACCUCACAACCGAACUAGUCAUUGGAGCUAAUGUGGAAUAUAGAGAUGGUUUUACUGGUUGUAUAAGGGCUUUACUCAUAAACGGAGAACUUAUUGAUUUGAAAAGUUAUGCACGCAGAGGAUCUUUUGGAAUUUCAGAAGGUUGCGUCGGAAGAUGCGAAAGUAGCCCCUGUUUGAAUAACGGAACCUGUUUCGAGCAUUACGAUAGCUACACUUGCGAUUGCAGAUGGACAGCUUUCAAGGGACCUAUUUGUGCUGACGAAAUUGGGGUCAAUAUGAAACCUAGCUCGAUGAUCAAAUAUGAUUUUAUGGGCUCUUGGAGGUCAACAAUUGCAGAACACAUUCGAGUUGGGUUCACCACAACCAAUCCUAGAGGAUUCUUGUUAGGAUUUUAUUCGAAUAUCUCGAAGGAGUACAUGACAAUUAUGGUUUCUAAUUCUGGUCACUUGAGAGUUGUAUUCGACUUCGGUUUCGAGAGACAGGAGAUCAUCUACCCAGAUAAACAUUUUGGUCUUGGACAGUAUCACGAUUUAAGGUUGUCUCGUAAAAACUCAGGUUCUACACUGGUUAUGCAAGUGGAUAAUUACAAGCCUAGGGAAUUCAAUUUCAGCAUAAAAGCUUCAGCUGAUGCCCAAUUCAAUAAUAUACAGUACAUGUACAUCGGUAGAAAUGAGUCGAUUAGUGAAGGUUUUGUGGGUUGUAUAUCUAGGGUAGAAUUUGAUGAUAUAUAUCCACUGAAACUGCUGUUCCAACAAGAAGGUCCUGGAAAUGUAAAGUCUUUAGGAGGUGCCUUAACAGAAGAUUACUGUGGUGUUGAACCAAUAACCCAUCCUCCUGACGUAAUUCCAACAAGGCCACCACCUCAACUGGAUGAAGAUAAGCUAAGAAAAGCAUACAAUCAAACAGAUUCCGCAAUUCUAGGAGGAGUUUUGGCGGUUCUGUUCUUGGCACUGGUAAUUUUAUUGAUUGUAAUUGGAAGAUUCAUACAUAGGCAUAAGGGAGAAUAUUUGACUCAAGAAGACGCAGGCGCAGAAAGCGCAUUAGACCCUGACACAGCUGUAGUUUGUGGAACUACUGGUCACCACGUUCAAAAAAGGAAAGAAUGGUUCAUUUAGUACUGCCGCCAUCUUCAGAGCUGUUAGUUGAAGUACCUCUCAUCGAAUUGGUAGUUAGAUAUUUUAGCAUUAUCAUGCUUGAAUACUUAAGUUCUAUUUGAUUUCUUGAAAAGUGUUUUCAAGUAGAUUUCAAAUUAUACUCAAAUUAAAACCGUCCAUUUUUGUUUAUUUUAUUUUUAUACAUGUAUUUAUUUCCAAAUUAUUUUUAUUAUGAAACAAAACCGUACUAAUAAAAUAAUUUUUAAUAUUAAUAUUUUAUUCUAUUCCAUGUGAUUUUUGAUUAUCAGUAUUCAAGUAUUUCUUGUAUAGUUCUUGCUCACCUAUGUUUUGGAGCACUUAAUAUUGAACCAGACUGAACUAUGUUUAUACUUCGAGGCACAUUCGUGCGAUAGAGCUGAAUUUUGAAAAUAAGUACCAAAUCACAUUAUACAUAUUUUCCAAGAAAUAUAUAUGAUAACAAAA